AAAGCAAUAAAACGCGACUAAAUAUCCGCAUAAAAAACAAUACAAAUUAUUUUUUUAAGCCGCUUUUAAUAUGAUUUUAAAGCAUUGCACUUUUCUCAUUGUUAAUUAUAUUAUUUGUAUAGUUUUGCUUGAAAAUGUAGCCCAGGCAAUAAACUCCAAGUAUGAGCACUAUGGGUUUCAGCAAUCUUCCGGCAUUUGUCAACUCUACAAUGGCACUAUUUGUCAGGAGUACUUGAGCAAUGCCCACGUUUUUAUAUCUCCCAAUAUAACUAUGAACAUAUUAGAGGAACGUCUUAAGGCUGCUUAUGGUGUAAUCAGGGAAUCAAAGGAUAUGAACUCCAACUGCCGAAAAUAUGCACUGCCAAGUCUUUGUUUCAGCGCGCUUCCAGUUUGCCGAACUCCAGAACGCACAAAUUUAUUAUAUUUCGCCAAUGUGGCUAUGAUAAGAAAUCAAUUUAAUGUCAAUAGCACACGUAAAAAAAGAGUUGUAUCAAAGAAUUCCAAAAAUACGAAUCUAUUUCUUAAGAAAAAGUCCGUUUUUUACGACGAUGUGUUCAGUACAGAUAUAUCAAGUAAAUAUCCGCCCACUAGAGAAUCUGAAAACCUGCGACGUAUUUGUCGCGAAGAAUGCGAGCUGCUUGAAAACGAACUAUGCCAAAAAGAAUACGCCAUUGCUAAGCGCCAUCCAGUAAUUGGCGCUGUAGGAGUUGAGGACUGUCAAAAUAUUCCACAGCACAAAGACUGUUCAACUUUGGGUAUCACAAUAGAAGUUGAUGAAACGGAAGACUGCUAUUGGGAGGAUGGUGCCAGUUAUAGAGGCAUACAAAACGUAACUGCCACAGGAAAGCCCUGCCUAAGAUGGUCUUGGUUGAUGAAGGAGAUUAGUGACUAUCCAGAGCUCAUAGGGCAAAACUACUGCCGUAAUCCAGGAGGCGCCGAAAAGAGUCCAUGGUGUUUCGUUGAUGAUAAAUCGCAUGAUCGCAUCAUCGAAACAUGUUAUAUACCAAAGUGUGCUAACAAAAUAUGGCUAACCAUAGCUACUAUAGUGGGCGUGACGGUUGUGGUUAUUGGCAUUAUGCUCUUAAUAUGCUGUCUAAGACGUAGAAGCUCAGAUGGCAUAAAAAAUAUACAAAAUAUAAACACGCCGAAUGCUGGCAACAACAUUUAUGGCAACUCGCAGCUGAACUCCAAUCAGGAUAUGGGCAGGUCAACAAUGAAUAACUCCAUGGAACACUUGGGCAUUUCAUCGAAGAGCUCAGAAAAGAACUCACUGCUGAGAAUACCUCACUUUACAUUGCAAGAUGUGGAAUUUCUAGAGGAACUAGGCGAAGGCGCAUUCGGAAAGGUCUACAAGGGACAGCUGACACAGACUAAUAAGAAAACAGUGAAUGUGGCUAUAAAGGCUUUGAAGGAGAACGCAUCGGUCAAGACACAACAAGACUUUAAGCGCGAAAUCGAACUCAUAUCUGAUCUUAAGCAUCAAAACAUUGUCUGCAUACUGGGUGUGAUUUUGAACAAGGAACCCUACUGCAUGCUAUUCGAAUACAUGGCCAAUGGUGAUCUGCAUGAGUUUCUAAUCUCAAACUCACCCAUUGAGAAAAAAUCCUUAUUGCAACUGGAAUUUCUAAAGAUUGCCAUGCAAAUCAGUGAAGGCAUGGAGUACUUGUCUGGACAUCAUUAUGUGCAUCGUGAUUUGGCUGCACGCAACUGUUUGGUCAACGAGGGAUUGGUUGUGAAAAUUUCUGAUUUUGGUUUAUCCAGAGAUAUUUACAGUUCGGACUAUUAUAGAGUACAAUCAAAAUCCUUGCUUCCUGUACGUUGGAUGCCCUCCGAGUCUAUUCUGUAUGGCAAAUUUACAACCGAAAGCGAUAUUUGGUCCUUUGGUGUUGUGCUUUGGGAAAUUUAUAGCUAUGGCAUGCAGCCGUACUGCGGUUAUAGCAAUCCAGAAGUAAUCAAUUUAAUUAGAUCACGGCAAUUACUUUCCUGUCCGGAGAAUUGCCCCACAGCAGUCUAUUCGCUGAUGAUCGAAUGCUGGCAUGAACAAGCGGUAAAGCGUCCAACAUUUACCGAUAUUUCACACCGUCUCAGAACUUGGUACGAGGGUCACAUUAAGAUUUGUAACCAAAAAUCAUAAAUACUUAUUAUAUAUACAUUCACUCAUAUACAUAAC